UUUAAAAAAAAAAAAAUGGUUCUAAUAUUGAUCUUUUUCAGAGCGCUUUUAUUAGGCCUGGCUUGCAAUCACAAUCUGAAGGAGGUGUCUUUAGAUCUCAGUAGCUGUGAGUUAAGAUCGGGAGGUGCACAAGUCUUGGAAGGAUGCAUAGCAGAAAUACGCAAUAUCACCAGCCUAGAUAUUUCAGAUAAUGGCCUAGAAUCUGACCUCUCAACCCUUGUAGUCUGGCUUAGUAAAAACCGAUCAAUAAGGCACUUGGCAUUAGGCAAAAACUUUAACAACAUGAAAUCCAAAAAUCUCACUCCAGUACUUGAUAAUUUAGUUCAGAUGAUUCAAGACGAGGAUUCACCCCUGCAGUCAUUGUCCCUCGCAGAUUCCAAGCUGAAGACUGAGGUCACCAUCAUUAUUAAUGCUUUGGGCAGCAAUACCUCUCUUACAAAAGUGGAUAUUAGUGGAAAUGCCAUGGGUGAUAUGGGAGCAAAGAUGCUGGCAAAAGCUCUACAGAUAAACACAAAGCUCAGAACUGUAAUAUGGGACAAGAAUAACAUCACUGCUCAGGGCUUCCAGGAUAUAGCUGUGGCACUGGAAAAAAAUUAUACUUUGAGAUUCAUGCCUAUACCUAUGAAUGAUGCUUCCCAAGCACUCAAAACAAACCCUGAGAAAACAGAAGAGGCACUGCAAAAGAUAGAAAACUACUUGCUUCGUAAUCACGAGACCAGAAAGUACCUACAGGAACAAGCAUAUCGGUUGCAGCAAGGCAUUGUUACUAGUACCACUCAGCAGAUGAUUGACAGAAUAUGUGUCAAAGUGCAAGAUCAUCUCAACUCUUUAAGAAACUGUGGUGUGGACGCUGUACUGGAAGAUGUCAAAUCUGCAGAAAGGCUUAUGCGAGAUGCCAAGAACUCCAAAACACUUUUACCAAACCUGUACCACCUUGGCGGAGCUGCUUGGGCAGGAGCAAAUGGUUCACUCCCCAAUCCAAUCCAAGAGACACUUGAAUCCAUGGCUGGAGAAGUCACAAGGGUUGUGGAUGAGCAGCUUAAGGUCUGUGGGUGGCUGUUUUAUCAUCUCUCACGUGCAGGAAUAAUUAAUGUCUGAGGUCUGCUGAUAUUU